AUGAGCGUUCAUAACCAGAACCGGGACCAGGACCGGGACCCGACGAUGGAGGACGCACCAGAGGAUGAUCGCGACGUCAAGCUCCAAAAGGCGUCCAGUGAUCUCAUAGCCGACUUUGAUCGCUCGCUGACGCCCUUUCUGCGCAAACCCAACGGCGAGCUGCGCACCCGCGUCCGCAUCAGCGAGACGGCGAGGCUCACAUCCACCCUUCUCGACCCCUUUCAAGAACUACCGCAGCUCCUCGAUCCCCAUCUGCCGAAAUGGCUGCCCCUCCUCGCCGCCUCGUACCUGGAGAACCUCUACACGCAGGCCGGCCGCCUGACGAGACCGUCGUCCGCCGCGCCCAGCGCACGAGCCCAGCUGCUCGAGCCCCUGCCCGCCGCCAUUGCCCGCCUCGUCUACACCCUGACCAAGAUCCGCGGCGCCGCCGUCAUCCUGCGCUUCCUGCCCGUCGAGGCCCGCCACCUCGAGCCCCUGCUGGCGGCCCUCGAGUCUGCCGAGCGCAGGGCCGCCAGACCCUCGCUCCUCGCCCUGACCGACUCUGUCCGCGCCCACGCCGCCGCCGCCGAGCCCUCCCAGCGCGACUGGAUCUGGGAGGAGCGCUAUCUCGUGCUCCUCUGGCUCGCCCAGCUGCUGCUCGCCCCCUUUGACCUGUCGACCAUCUCCUCGGCCGACCCCGCCGACGACCCCGCCGCCGCCGCCCUCGUGCCGCUGCCCGGCUUCGCCUGGCCCCCGGGCCUGCCCGCCAUCACCACGCGCGUGCUGCCCCUGGCUGUCAAGUAUCUCGCCUCGCCCGGCAAGGAGCGCGACGGCGCGCGCCACCUCCUCGUCCGCCUGUCCAUGCGCCGCGACAUGCAGUCGCUCGGUGUGCUGGAUGCCCUCGUCAGCUGGGCCCUCGCCUCCCUGCGCCCACGGGACGUCGCGGCAACCAAGACGGCCGGCGAUGACGACGACGACGAUGACGACGACGACGGCAGCCCUCAUGCCCCCGAGCACCAGCCCUACUUCUACAUUGGCGUUCUCUCCUUCCUCGCCGGCGUGCUCCGUGCCUCCGUCAACACGUCCGACAUGGACGCCUCGCUGUCCGCCAUCUUUGCCGUCGUCCACGCCGUCUCCGAGGCCGACUCGCCCAUCGCCGCCUCCAUCCGCGCCUACGCCGUCGCCCGCAAGAUGGUCAUCAAAGUCAUCCGCUCCAUCGCCGUCCUCCUCCUCGGCGGCGGCGGCCGCCACCAGUGCAGAGACCGAGAGCCCCACCCGGCCAUCGACCUCGUCGAGCUCGCCAUCGGCUACCUCUUGGAACGUCUCGCCGACAACGACACGCCCGUCCGCCUCGCCGCUUCCAAGGCCCUCAGCGUCAUCACGCUCAAGCUCAACCCCGACAUGGCCGACGAGGUGGUCGAUGCUGUCCUCGAUGCCCUCAACCGCAACGUCCUCUGGGCCGUCUCCGCCAUCGGCACCGCCGAGCCCGUCCGCGACCUGUCCGCCGUCGACCCCCUCGAGUGGCACGGCCUCACCCUGACCUUGUCCCACCUCCUCUACCGCCGGUCCCCGCCCGCCCGCCAGCUGCCCGCCAUCAUCGCCGCGCUCUUGCUGGCCCUCGCCUUUGAGAAGCGCAGCACCUCUGGCAGCUCCGUCGGCGCCAACGUCCGCGACGCCGCCUGCUUCGGCAUCUGGGCCCUCGCGCGCCGCUACACCACCGCCGAGCUGCUGGCCGUCCCCGCCGGCGAAACGACUUCUUCUUCUUCCCCCCCCUCCAUCCUCCAGCGUCUCGCCACCGAGCUGACAGUGACGGCGUCCCUCGACCCCGCCGGCAAUAUCCGCCGCGGCGCCUCCGCCGCCCUCCAGGAGCUCAUCGGCCGCCACCCCGACACCGUCGACAAGGGCAUCUGGCUCGUCCAGACCGUCGACUACCACGCCGUCGCCCUGCGCGCCCGCGCCCUCCACGAAGGCGCCCUCAAGGCGGCCAAGCUGAGUCCCGUCUACGGCCGCGCCCUCCUGCGGGGCCUCCUCGACUGGCGCGGCGUCGGCGACCCGGACGCCGGUGCCAGGCGCGUUGCCGGCGCCUCCUUUGGCACGCUGACGCGCGAGCUGUCGAGCGGCCAAGAGAAGGAACGCACGCAGUUCCAAGUCUCGGCCAAGAUGGUGCUCGAGCGACUCAGCGGCCUGCAGAACAGACAGGUCGAGGAGCGGCAUGGCCUGCUCCUCUGCCUGGCAUCCGUGCUCGACAAGUUUCCGAGCCUCGUCGGCGCGCCAGAGGACGGGCUGUCUGCCGACGAUAUGUCCGUCGCGCAACGCGUCGUUCGCGAGGUGACCGACAUACUUCAGGCCGUCAACCAGGCGACCUACCGUCGCCCAGAACUCGUUGCUGAGGCCGCGAACCGCCUCAUCAUCGCCUCGCUGCCCGUGCUGCAGGCCGCGUGCCUCGGCGCUGCUGCUAACACGACGCCGACCGGCCUGCAGCUGCUCCGCCCCGGCUUCGAGAUCGUGUCACCGGACAGCACGCAAGAUUUGCUCCAAAUCGUCGCCGCCGUUGACGCCCUGCCAGAGAUCCCGAGUCAAGUGAAAGCACUCGUCCGCCAUUUCGAAGCCACCAUCUCGGCAGGCCUCAGCCGCCCCGAAAAGUCUGCCAUUGCCGCCGCCGCGGAAGCGGCCCUCGUGCUCCUUGCCUUCUCAGAACCCGCAGAGCGAAAUCGCAUCGUCACGCAGUGGGCCGCGACGACUCGCCAGAAGCCUACAUCCCGGACAACCUCGGACCACGGCUACUUUGCAGCCCUGACCAUGGCCCACCCCCUGACAACAACGGCGACCAGGGUUUGCACUUCCGACACUGCCGACACUCCCGAAAGCGAUAUGACCACGGACGCCAUCCUGUCGCGCUGGGCGAGCGACAAGGACAUUGACACGAGGGUGGCCAUCCUGCAGAGCCUCACAGAGAGCGUCGUGCUGCAAGACGGCGCCCCGGCGUUCCUUGACCUGCUGGCUCAGGGCCUCAACGACUACACAACUACUGCGCGGGGCGAUGUAGGCUCGCAUGUGCGAUUGGGCGCUUUGCGCGCAACAAGGUGCAUCUGGCGUUCGCUGCAGUCGGGCGGCUCUACGAGACAGCAAGAGUGCUUGAGGGCUGCCGUGUCGAAGCUCUACCUCAACGUUCUGCGCCUGGCCGCGGAGAAACUGGAUCGCGUCCGUACCGAGGCACAAGCCGUGCUGUCGCUUACCUUGACGCCCAGCUACGCCGUGUGGUUCACUAAGCUUACGUUUUCAUCACGCCCCUAUCUCCUUGCACUGUUGACUCUCUACGCGCAAGAUGAAUACAUCCACCCUUUGAUCAUGGAACUAGCCAGGGCCGACCCCGGUGCGUGGAUGGCAGAGCUCCUCGCGGGCUAUGUCACUUCUGCGGACACGGGCAACGAGGACCUUGUCAUCGCGGCGCGUGCCGCUCUCACCGAGUACUGCAGCAUCGCGCCGGCUAAUCGAGAUGAUGUGUGCAUGGCUCUUGUUCGUAACCUAUCAUCGCGGCAAGGCCAGGACAGGGUAUUAGUGCCGACACUGGAAAUCGUCGCGUUUCUAUACCGUGCGGGUCUAUUUGCCGGGUGCCGGGGCGUCGAUCCCAAGAGGCUUUGUCUCCUGGUGCAGAAGGCAGGGUAUAAGACGGGGAGCAUCCGGAAGCUGGAGGCCUGUAUACACGUGUACGGCUGUGUUGCCAUGUUCGAGGAUCACGCAGAGGCUGCGGCGCGAGAAGCGCGGAAGCGGCUGGGAGCCCUUAUGUUCCAUCCCUGGCCGCGAGUACGGAGUCUGGUCGUUGACGAAUUAUGGCAGCUGUUUUGUAACGAUGAGGCUGGGUCCAGGCUCAAGAGUGUAGACUGGGGCCGGGCGGACAAGGGGGCCAUCAGAAGCGUCGUGUCAGUGCUUGGUCUCGCCUAA